AUGCUGAUUAUGAAUUCAAGUAUGUGAUCCUUGGUGGUGGUGUGGCUGCUGGAUAUGCAGCCAGAGAGUUUGUUAGGCAAGGUGUUAUGAGAGGAGAGCUUGCAAUGAUUUCCAAAGAAGCAGUAGCUCCAUAUGAACGUCUUACACUUAGCAAGGAAUAUCUUCUCACUGAGACACCUGUUAGACUUCCAGAUUUUCAUGUGUGUGUUGGAAGUGGAGGAGAGAGACAACUUCCUGAGUGGUACAUAGAGAAAGGAAUAAAAUUGAUCCUUAGGACAGAAAUUAUUCAAGUAGAUCUUGCUUCCAAGGCUCUUGUUAGUGCGUCUGGCCAAGUCUUCAAGUAUCAAACAUUGAUAAUUGCAACUGGUUCCACACCGAUAAGGUUGACAGAUUUUGGUGUACAAGGAAUUGAUGCGAAAAAUAUCUUCUACUUGAGAGAAAUUGAUGAUGCUGAUAAGUUGGUUGAAGCGGUUAAAGCAAAGAAGAAGAGGAAGGCUGUGGUUGUUGGAGGAGGAUAUAUCGGUCUUGAGGUUAGUGCAGCUUUACGAAUCAAUAAUUUGGAUGUUACUAUGGUUUAUCCUGAACAAUGGUGCAUGUUUCAACUCUUCACUGCUGGUAUUGCUGCUUUCUAUGAGGGUUAUUAUGCUUAUAAAGGGAUCAAAAUUGUUAAAGGAACACAUCUUGAGGGAUUUACAGCUGACUCUAAUGGCGGUGUCAAAGAAGUUAAACUAAAGGAUGGCAGAGUGCUGGAAGCUGACAUUGUUUUUGUCGAUGCAGAAUCUAGACCUCUCACAUCGUUAUUCAUGGGGCAGGUUGAAGAGGAGAAAGAUGGAAUAAAGACUGACAUAUUUUUUAGGACUAGUGUUCCUGAUGUGUAUGCUGUGGGAGAUGUUGCUACUUUUCCCGUGAAAUUGUAUAAUGAGAUGAGAAGGGUUGAGCAUGUAGACCAUGCCUACAAAUCAGCUGAGCACGUUGUGAAGGUCAUUAAGGCAAAUGAGAAAGGCAAAACAACUGAUGAGUAUGACUACAUCCCAUACUUCUAUUCUCGAGUCUUCGAUCUCUCAUGGCAUGUUUAUGGUGAAACUGUUGGUGAGACGGUGCUAUUUAGAAACAUGAAUCCAGCAUGUUCAGUGCGUAGGUUUGGAACAUACUGGAUAAAAGAGGGGAAGAUUGUUGGAGCUUUCCUUGAGAGUGGGACCCUAGAAGAAAAUAAGACGAUUGCCGAAGUUGCUAGGCUUCAGCCUGCUGUUGAUAAUUUAGAUGUCGUAAUAGAGGAGUUGGGUCAUUCCUCGAAAGCAAUAUACAGUACUGAUGCUGAUUAUGAAUUCAAGUAUGUAAUCCUUGGUGGUGGCGUGGCUGCUGGAUAUGCAGCCAGAGAGUUUGUUAAGCAAGGUGUUAUGAAAGGAGAGCUUGCAAUGAUUUCUAAAGAAGCAAUAGCUCCAUAUGAACGACAAACACUUAGCAAAGAAUAUCUUCUCACUGAGAAACCUGCUAGACUUCCAGAUUUCCAUGUGUGUGUUGGAAGUGGAGGAGAGAGACAACUUCCUGAGUGGUACAUAGAGAAAGGAAUAAAAUUGAUCCGUAGCACAGAAAUUAUUCAAGUAGAUCUUGCUUCCAAGGCUCUUGUUAGUGCGUCUGGCCAAGUCUUCAGGUAUCAAACAUUGAUAAUUGCAACUGGUUCCACACCGACAAGGUUGACAGAUUCUGGUGUACAAGGAAGUGAUGCGAAAAAUAUCUUCUACUUGAGAGAAAUUGAUGAUGCUGAUAAGUUGGUGGAAGCGGUUAAAGCAAAGAAGAAGAGGAAGGCUGUGGUUAUUGGAGGAGGAUAUAUCGGUCUUGAGGUUAGUGCAGCUUUACAAAUCAAUAAUUUGGAUGUUACUAUGGUUUAUCCUGAACAAUGGUGCAUGUUUCGACUCUUCACUGCUGGUAUUGCUGCUUUCUAUGAGGGUUAUUAUGCUCAUAAAGGGAUCAAAAUUGUUAAAGGAACACAUCUUGAGGGAUUUACAGCUGACUCUAAUGGCAGUGUCAAAGAAGUUAAACUAAAGGAUGGCAGAGUGCUGGAAGCUGACAUUGUUUUUGUUGAUGCAGAAUCUAGACCUCUCACAUCGUUAUUCAUGGGGCAGGUUGAAGAGGAGAAAGAUGGAAUAAAGACUGAUGCAUUUUUUAGGACAAGUGUUCCUGAUGUGUAUGCUGUGGGAGAUGUCGCUACUUUUCCCGUGAAAUUGUAUAAUGAGAUGAGAAGGGUUGAGCAUGUAGACCAUGCCUACAAAUCAGCUGAGCACGUUGUGAAGGUCAUUAAGGCAAAUGAGAAAGGCAAAACAACUGAUGAGUAUGACUACAUCCCAUACUUCUAUUCUCGAGUCUUCGAUCUCUCAUGGCAUUUUUAUGGUGAAACUGUUGGUGAGGUGGUGCUAUUUAGAAAUCCAGCAAGUUCAGUGCGUAAGUUUGGAACAUACUGGAUAAAAGAGGGGAAGAUUGUUGGUGCUUUCCUUGAGAGUGGGACCCUUGAAGAAAAUAAGAUGAUUGCCAAAGUUGCUAGGCUUCAGCCUGCUAUUGAAAACUUAGAUGUCAUGACAAAGGAGCUGGGUCGUUCCUUGAAAGCAAUAUACAAAGAUACUGAUGCUGAUUAUGAAUUCAAGUAUGUGGUCCUUGGUGGUGGCGUGGCUGCUGGAUAUGCAGCUAGAGAGUUUGUUAAGCAAGGUGUUAAGAGAGGAGAGCUUGCAAUUAUCUCCAAAGAAGCAGUGGCUCCAUAUGAACGUCUCACACUUAGCAAGGAAUAUCUUCUCCCUGAGCGACCUGCUAGACUUCCAGAUUUCCAUGUGUGUGUUGGAAGUGGAGGAGAGAGACAGCUUCCUGAGUGGUACAUAAAGAAAGGAAUAGAAUUGAUCCUUAGCACAGAAAUUGUUGAAGUAGAGCUUACUUCUAGGGAUCUUGUUAGUGCAUCUGGCCAAGUCUUCAGGUAUCAAACAUUGAUAAUUGCAACUGGUUCCACACCGGUAAGGUUGAAAGAUUUUGGUGUACAAGGAACCGAUGCGAAAAAUAUCUUCUACAUGAGAGACAUUGAUGAUGCUGUUAAAUUGGUUGAUGUGAUUAAGGAGAAGAAAAAUGGGAAGGCUGUGAUAAUUGGAGGAGGAUACAUAGGUCUUGAAGUUAGUGCAGCUUUGAGAGUCAACAGUUUUGAUGUUACUAUGGUUUAUUCUGAGCCAUGGUGUGGGCCUUGGUUCUUCACCGCUGAUAUUGCUACUUUCUAUGAGGGUUAUUAUGCUAAUAAAGGAAUCAAAAUUAUUAAGGGAACAGUUGCUGCUGGAUUCACAAUUGACUCUUAUGGAGACGUCAAAGAAGUGACACUAAAGGAUGGCAGCGUGCUAGAAGCUGACAUUGUUUUUGUUGAUGUAGAAGCUAGACCUCUGACAUCAUUAUUCAAGGGGCAGGUUGAAGAGGCAAAGGGUGGAAUAAAGACUGAUGCAUUUUUCCGGACAAGUGUUCCUAAUGUUUAUGCUGUGGGAGAUGUUGCUACUUUCCCUUUGAAAUUGUACAAUGAGAUGAGAAGAGUUGAGCAUGUUGACCAUGCCUACAAAUCAGCUGAGCAGGCUGUGAAGGCUAUCAAGGCAAGUGAGACAGGCAAAACAAUUGAGGAAUAUGACUACCUCCCUUACCUUUUUUCUCGUUCUGUUGAUCUCUCAUGGAAGUUCUAUGGUAGCAAUUUUGGAAGGAGCUUACUGGUUGGAGACAAUGAUCCCACAACAGGAAAUCAUAAGUUUGGAAUGUUUUGGAUAGAAUCGGGCAAGAUCACUGGAGCUUUCCUUAUGAAUGGGACUUUUCAAGAAAAUGAGGCCAUUGCCAAAGUUGCUAAGGUCCAGCCUCUGGUUGAUUAUUUGGAUGUUUUGAAGAAGGAGCUGGGUUUUUCCUCUAAAGAAGAAGACAGCGCUGAUCCUCGGUGGUGGCGUGGCUUCUGGAUAUGCCGCUAGGGAAUUUGUUAUGCAAAGGUAUUAAGUGAGGAGAGCUGACAAUUAUCUCGAAAGAAGUCAUGGCUCCAUAUGAACGUCCCACACUUAGCAAGUAAUAUCUUCUCCCUUAGACACCUGCUAGACAUCUGCUAGACUCCCAUAGACAAGUAAUAUCUUCUCCCUUAGACACCUGCUAGACAUCUGCUAGACUCCCAUAGACCAGUCAUGAAAAGCAGUUCUAGCUUGGUGGAUGAGUAGUCAUUAUGUUAUUUUGUGGUGGGUGUCCUUAUACCCUUAUAAAUGAUUUGAUUUUGCUUUUCAUGACUGGUCUUUUUGAAUUCCUUAAAACUCUGUUUGAGCGGCAAAUUUGAUUUCCUAUUUUUCUUAAUUAAUGCCAGAGUGUCUCGAAUCCUUUCUGAAACUUAUAAUUACUAUUAUUAUUAUUCUUUUUUAAUGUAUCACUGGUACUAUAAAAUUACAGCUUGGAAAAAUCGGUACUACAAAAUAUUGAUAUUGAUAAGUGGGAAUCAACAGAAUGUAGAGAUUCCUGUGUAAAUUAGC